UUUAUUUGUGGAGCAAAGGGGUGAGGAAGAGGGAAAAAAAUUAGGUACUGCAACUGUGUGGAAGAAUGAGGGAAUGAAAAGUAUGACAAGGAAAUGGAAGAAAUAAAACAAGAUCUAGCCUCCCCACUACACCUCCACUGCUUCAAUUCUUAUAGCAAGGAGUAGCAGAAGAUAGAGGAGGAAAAUCUCGAAGAGGUCACUGAAUUGGAAGAAACCGCAGGAGGGGCAGACUUUGGAGGCUUUUGGAGGUGUAGUCUGAAAUCAAAAAAGAGCAGGUGCUGAGGACGAAGAAACAGGAGGAAACGCAUCAUCAGGAAGCUUUGUUGCUUUGGGCUCGAGAUAAGAGAUGGCAUCGACUUCAUCGACGGUACCCUUCUAUGGAUCAAUCAGAGAAGAGGACGAGCACAACCAGAUGAAGCAGCAGCAGUCAGCCUCCACACCGACCUCUUCGACUGCAGCUCCACAGACCACUGCCCCGGUGAAGAAGAAGAGGAACCUUCCAGGAAAUCCAAAUCCGGACGCGGAAGUUAUAGCUUUAUCACCCAAGACACUGAUGGCUACAAACCGGUUCAUCUGCGAGGUCUGCAACAAGGGUUUCCAGCGGGAGCAAAACCUUCAGCUCCACCGCCGCGGCCACAACCUGCCAUGGAAGCUGCGGCAGAAGACCACCAAGGAGGUGCAGCGCCGGGUUUACGUGUGCCCCGAGUCAACAUGCGUCCACCAUGACCCCUCCCGCGCCCUCGGCGACCUCACCGGCAUCAAGAAGCACUUCUGCCGCAAGCAUGGCGAGAAGAAGUGGAAGUGCGACAAGUGCUCCAAGCGCUACGCCGUGCAGUCCGACUUGAAGGCCCACUCCAAGACCUGCGGCACCCGCGAGUACCGCUGCGAUUGCGGCACCCUCUUCUCCAGGCGCGACAGCUUCAUCACUCACAGAGCUUUCUGCGAUGCUCUAGCACAGGAAAGUGCGAGGAUUCCGACCGGACUGAGCACUAUUGGAAGCCACUUAUUUGGGAACAGUAGCAUGGCUUUGGGUCUGUCUCAAGAAAAUUCUCAAAUUACUUCACUACAAGACCAGAGCCACCAAUCCUCUAACAUCCUUCGGCUCGGUGGAGGCAGCGGCAGUGGAUCCCAUUUCGACCCCCUCAUCUCAUCUUCAAACCCUUCGCCCUUCCGUCCACCUCAGCCUCCUCCCUCCUCUGCAUUUUUCCUUGGUGGUGGCUCGAACCAAGACUUCGAUGAAGAAACACGAUCCCACCAUUCCUUGCUCCAAAACAAGCCCUUCCAUGGGCUGAUGCAACUCCCUGAUCUGCAAAGUCGAACCACUGCCUCUUCAUCUGCCGCCGCAGCCAAUCUCUUCAACCUCAACUUCUUCUCCAACAGCAGCAGCACAAGCAGCAUUAACACCAGCAACAUCACUAGCAACCAGAACAACCACUUAAUGAUUUCUGAUCAAUUUAGCAGUGGAAAUGGGAGUACUGAAUCGACCACCCUUUUCUCAGGAAAUUUUAUGAGCGAUCACAUGGCUGCUGGCAUGCCUUCUCUCUUUAACACCUCAAUGCGAAAUGAAUCCUCCCUUCCUCAGAUGUCUGCGACCGCAUUGCUUCAGAAGGCUGCUCAAAUGGGUUCGACAACAAGUGGCGGGUCCUCCCUGCUUCAAGGCUUCAGUAGCGCUUCACCUUCUGGUGCAAAGAACACAAGUUUCCAGGCUAUCUUUGGUGGUGGCAGCAAUGGUAGUGGAGAUGUCUUGAGAUUUCAAAUGGAGAAUGAAACCCGUCUCCAACAUCUAAUGAACUCUCUGGCAAAUGGGAAUGCUGGUCUGUUUGGUGGCUCCGGAGGGGUGGCAGCAUUUGGUGGGAAUUGCACCACUGGUGGGCAUGAACAAGAAGCUGGUGGAUUUGGUGGGUUCAAUUCAGGCCUGUGUAACAUGGACGAAGCCAGGUUUCAGCACAACAUUUCAUCAGCUGGGAGCCUUGGAGGUUCCGACAGGCUAACUCGAGACUUCCUCGGGGUCGGUAAUAUGGUGAGGAGCAUGGGGGGUGGGGUUUCCCAGAGAGAACAGCACCAUGGCAUCGACAUGAGCUCCAUGGAUCCCGAAAUGAAGUCUGGUUCCUCUAGCCAAUCCUUCGACGGUGGAACCCUGUAAUAAUCGAGGGGAAAGAAACAUCGAAGACCCAAGGGAAGAAGAGAAAGAACGAAGACUCAAUGGAAGAAGAGAGAGAAGAAUGUAGGUAUGUAGCUCAACCUUGUGAAAUGGUUGGUGAAGCUGUUGCAGUUGCUCUUUUUAUUUUUUAGUUACUAGGAUAUGGAUACUUGAAUGUUGGCUAAGGGGUUACGUCUCUCGUUUCAUUUACUUUCUAGCAUUAGAUCUCACUUACAGAUACCGAAAACUGGAUAUAUUUUCUGUUUCCUUUUCUUUUUCCUUUCAACUUCUCUUUCAGGCUAUGUUUGUUAAGAAAGAAACAUGACGCAAAUAAAUUGUCUGGUUAUAUAAUA